GGGCCCGAAAUGACUCAUUGAUAGUGGAUGUUUGCCAGGUGAGUGGGAAUUAAAGUCUUCUUUCUUGAAAGCUAUAUUUCUUCUUUCCUUGAACCAUAAGCAUUUAUUUUUUCCUGUACUGGUACAAAAGUAUUUUCUUCUCUUACAAUGUUUAUAUGUUAAUGGUCAGGGUCAAUAUAAGUCGACAUUGGUUUGCCCAGCAUGUGGAAAGAUUUCAAUCACUUUUGAUCCCUUCAUGUAUUUGUCGUUGCCGCUACCUUCAACUGCAACUCGGCAAAUAACCGUGACUGUGUUUUACGGCGAUGGAAGUGGUCUUCCUAUGCUAUACACUGUUAGUUUGCUAAAGCAAGGUUGCUGUAAAGAUCUUAGUGAACAACUAAGUACUGCUUGUUGCUUGAAUGUUGAUGAGAUUCUUCUGCUUGCAGAGGUAAAUUUGGUUUCCAUUGAUAUCUGCUACAAUUUAUUUUAUUUAUUCCCUUAAUUUUAGUUCUAGUGGUUGAGUAACUGUAAUUUCGAUUGCUAGGUUUAUGAACAUAAGAUUUUUCGAUAUUUGGAAAACCCCUUAGAGCUAUUGGCUCCAAUUAAGGAGGAUGACCACUUAUAGACUUUCUAAAAACGUUGUGGGAAGAUCCAGAGUUGAAAUAAUUCAUCGACCACAUGAAAAGUGCCCGUCAGACAGUGUUAAGGGUUGUCAGGGAAAGCUUAUUGGUACCCCUUUUGUUACUUAUUUAAAAGAGCCAAUAUGUGGAGCCAAUGUUGAAGCCAGUGUUACUAGAUUGUUGUCACCUUUGAAGAGAACGCGUCCUUCAGUUAAGCUCCAGAAUGGUAAGGAAAAUGGAUUUGAAAAAGAGGUUAUUGAAGAACCAUCAAACAGCUACAAUUCUAAGAACCUGUCAAUGGAUGAUGCAGAAGUAGAGGAAAAAUCCAGCGAAGCGUUAUUUCUGUGUUGAAAGUAGUAAAUUUUAGACUCCUUGAAUACUUAAAGAAUAUUUUGUUGUUGAUGACAAUGUUGCAUGUUUUAAAUUAAAUUGUGGAUUGUUAAUUCAAUGUAGAAUGUUUUUAUUUUUUGUUAUUUGAAAAUCAAGUUCAU